UUGUGGAGACUUGUUGCAGUUGUUGACUCCGCACUUUUUGGCUGUCAUUCAAAAAAAAAAAAAAGUUUCUCACAAGCGGAGGAUGAGGUGGAGGGAAAAAAAAGUGCGCAUGCAGCUAACUUGACGUAAAAUCUUCCAGAGGGAGAUGUUUGUCAUACCGUCAGCGCUUAAUCAUAGCGUGGACUAAAAAGUUGUCAUCCACUUAAAAUGUUAAAUAACAGAAGCGCCUACCGUGAAAGCUGAGGGCGAAUCCCUGAUAGACUGAUUCAUCACUCCAGCUGCUCUUCUUCGUAUGGGUCCUCUUUGCCUUCCAAAUUACAAGUGACAGCAGUUGACCAACACAUUCUCCUGAUCUCUGUUGUCUCCAGUGGAGGGUGAUGAGUUUGGCAGAGAGCCUGUCGCUUCGUCUGCUUUUGGCCUUGACCACCAUGGCCUCAGGCCUUAAUAUCCCUCUAGAAGUGGAACAGCCUCCAACCAUAAUAACGUAUACAUCAGGUCCCAUAAUUGUACUUCAUUUUGACACGACCAUUACUGUCAAGUGUAAAGCCCGGGGCAAUCCACCACCAGAGUACAGAUGGGAAAAGGAUGGCCAAGCCUUUGUCCCCCCAAACUUCAACAGAAUCAAAGCAAACCACACAAAGGGCUUACUUGUGCUUCAGAGUGAGGACAUGUCCGAGUUCCAGGGCAAAUAUAGAUGCUACGCAUCGAACAAGUUGGGAACUGCUAUGACAAAUGAGAUCGAGAUUAAAGCUUUCAGUAUCCCUAAGUUUCCAAAGGAAACCCUCAAUCCCAUUGUUGUUAGUGAGGGAGAACCAAUCACCCUGAAAUGCAACCCACCAGAAGGUGUGGCCCCACGUCUUAUCUACUGGAUGACUGUUGAUCUCCAGCACAUUGAGCAGGAUGAGAGGGUUUCCAUGGGAACUGAUGGCAACCUGUACUUCUCUAAUGCCAUACAGAAUGACAGUCGCCAGGAUUACGGUUGCUUUGCUGCCUUCAACAGGAUACGCACAAUUGUCCAGAAAACCGCCAUGGCUGUUGUGGUCAAACGCUUAAGACGUGCCGAUGACUCUUCAGAGAGCAGCCAUACUCCUGUGGCCCCCCCAGCGAGAAUACCCAGCCUUUUGCUGCCCUCUGGUGUUCAGACUGAGAAGGUGUUGUUGAAAGGAGAGGAUCUGCAGCUCGAAUGUAUACCCGAGGGAUUUCCUACACCAUCUGUGAAGUGGAUAAAAAUGGGAGAAGUCAUGAGUCCUCGGGUAAAAUUUAACAACUACAACAAGCUGUUGAGCUUAUCAGCAGUGGAAGAGAGUGAUGAGGGGAAGUACAUGUGCACAGCUGAGAACUCAGUUGGAAAGGCUGUCCACUACUUUGAUGUAAUAGUGGAAGAGCCACCAAAGUGGCUGACAGAGCCUCCUCAGAGCCAGCUCACUGUGAUUGGGUCUGAUGUGCACAUCAAGUGCUCCGUCAGUGGAAAACCACAACCAGCAAUAACGUGGAGGAGGAAUGGAGUAAUGUUCAGAGAUGACCCAGAUAACAGGAUGCAAGUGUUUGAUGACACUGUGACACUUCUCAAUGCCAAAGCGGAGGACAGUGGCGUCUACCAGUGUGAAGCCUCCAACAGACACGGAAAUAUUCUAGCCAACGUUAACAUCAUGAUCAUGAAUAUGGCUCCGCUUAUACUGACAGAGAACAACCAGGAGUAUGCUGUAGUAGUCGGAAAGGAAAUCACCAUGAACUGCAGUGUUUUCAGCUCUCCACCAUCCAGCAUCUCUUGGACCAAAGAUGAAAACGCCAUCGAGGGGGAACGUUUCCUUGCUUUUGAGAGCGGACAAUCAUUGAGAAUCAUUAACGCAGAAAAAGGUGACAGUGGGAAAUACAUCUGCGUUGCGAGUAACAUGGAGGGCUCGUCGACUGUCACUGCUGUGCUGGAUGUGAAAGACGCUACGAAAAUAGUAAGUCCACCUCUGAACACGCAGGUUGACAGUGGGAAGUUGGCUAAAUUGAUGUGCGAGACUGAAUAUGAUGCAAGUCUGCAGGACACGUUUGAGCUGGUGUGGAGAAAAGAUAACAAGGAGAUCCCACUUUCCUCUGACAAAACUUCCAGAUACUCUGUGAAAGGUGCCAUGCUGGAGAUCAUGAAUGUAAACCUGAGUGAUCAGGGAACAUAUACAUGCACUGCUAGAACAAGCCUAGAUGAGGACUCUGCCACUGCAGUACUCACAGUACGGGAUGUUCCUGAUGCUCCGAUAAAGUUAGAGCUGUCUGAACUAGACAGUCCAAGGAAUGUUGUUUUGUCUUGGAUACCUGGAAGCGAUCACAACAGCACCGUAACAGAAUUUGUAGUGGAGUAUGAGGAGAACCGCUGGGAGCCUGGAAGGUGGAAGGAGCUACAGAGAGUCACCGGUAACCAAGCAACAGCUGAGCUAAAACUAUAUGGGAACCUUAACUACCAGUUCAGAGUGUAUGCUGUUAAUGCCAUUGGACCCGGACCCCCGAGUGAGCCGACUGAACGACACAAAACACCCCCUGCUGCACCUGAUAGGAACCCAGAAAACAUCAAAAUUCAAGGCCAUCAUCCUCAUCAAAUGGAAAUCAGUUGGGAGCCGCUGUCACCUCUUGAGCGCAACGGCCCGGGCUUUGAGUAUAAGGUGAAGUACCGCCAACUCGGGGUGGAAGAUAACUUCACGGAGCACAUGGUCAACAGAUCUGUGUUUCUCGUGAACAACACGCCAACCUUUGUCCCCUACGAGAUUAAAAUCCUGAGCAGAAACAGCUACGGCUGGGGGCCAGAGCCUAAGCCUGUUACAGGUUACUCUGGGGAAGAUGUUCCUACUGCGGCACCACGGGACAUUGCUGUGGAGGUGAUCAACACCACUGUUCUGAGAGUUAGCUGGACCCCAGUUCCACCUGCCACGGUGCGAGGUCGUCUGGGGGGUUACAAUGUUCACUGGGUGAGGAGAAGAAGUCUCCUGAAUCCCGACAAGAUUUUAGAUUUGAGUCACUCCAUGUCCUUUUCUGGAAACAGAAGUCAUGUCAUUGUGCCAGGACUCGAACCUUUUUCUGAAUACAAACUCACCGUUUAUGUUUUCAACAAGAAGGGCAAUGGACCCAAGAGUGACCCGGUGACCUUCAAUACACCAGAGGGAGUUCCAGAGCAAGUUACCGUCCUGACUUCCUCCAUCAUCCAGAAAGAUUCAGUUAGGCUGGAAUGGGCACAGCCGUCAAAGUCAAAUGGCAUCCUCUCCGGGUACCUCCUGCAGUACCACCUCAUUAAUGAGACUGCACUCGAGGUGAUUGAUUCCAAAGAGAUCAACAUUACCGGGGCUGACACCAACCACUGGACACUUCAGGGAUUAAAUGGGGACAGCCUUUACCGCUUCGACCUCAGAGCGUGCACUCGAGCAGGUUGUGGGCCUCCAAAGGCCGAAGAGAGCCGGACUGAUUUUCCAGAGCUAGUUCCAGCCCUGUUGAACAUAAGCUCUUACGUGAGUGACACCUUUGCCAAAAUCAGCUGGACUGCCAGAGAAGAGCAGCGGAGCUUGCAGCUUUAUGUGGCUUAUAUGAAUAACCGUGAUGGGAACUGGCGGAUUUCAGAGGCUGUAAACACUUCUCAAAGUUUCCACAUAAUUGACGGGCUUGAACCGAAGACGGUGUACACUGUGCGCCUCAUGGCUAAGAGGCUGCUCGAUAACGCUAGUAUUUUCGAAGACGUUAUCGAGACACGCACCAAAGAUCCUGAAAGUCUGAAGGGCAGCUUUUCAACCCACGGCUGGAUGAUUGGGACCAUGUGCGCUGUGGCAUUGCUCACCCUUGUUGUGGUCAUUGCCUGCUUUCUGCGGAAAAACAAAGGUGGCAAGUAUGCAGGUACGCCAUCGCCACAGCGACAAGAAAAGCUCGCCAUGGAAAAAGUGAAAGAAAAGGAAGAUCCCCACUCUGACACGGCGUCACAGAAAAUGAAUGAUGACACCUUCUGUGACUACAGCGACAGCGAUGAAAAGCCACUGAAGAGCGGUAGCCUGUGUUCCCUGAAAGGAGAUGAUGCAGCUGGGGACAGUGUCAGCAGAUACACCCUGGGCGACUAUGCAGACGGUGGAAGAGAGUUCAAUGAGGACGGCUCAUUUAUUGGGGAGUACUCUGGACACAGGCAUAGAGGCUCUGUUAGCGAGCCCAACGGACCCAGUCUUGUGAACGUAUAAAAGCUGAGCUUCAACUGAACUGACUUCUACUUGAGAUCCUUUCAGGAUACUUUUUCAUCCAGAUUUCCAACAUUCAGUAAAGCUCAAACAGCCAAAUAAGGGAAAGUGACUCAAGCAAAAAGUUUAGAAGCGGGUAGAAGUUUUGCCCACAGCCUUUAAUGGAAAGAAAAAAGGGGGGAAAGUGUGUUUUUGUACAUCCUGUAUGAAAAGUGAUUAAUGUAAGAUUUUAAAGUUUGAUAAUUUUAUUAAUGAUGAAGUGUUUUUAGCCUUUCAGCCACAGUUUUACAUCUACAUUGUUUAUUUUUUUUGUUUUUUACUGUAACAAAGAUAAGUCAUUUUCCACCAAGUAAGUGUGCAUUUAAACAUCAAAACAUUUGUUUUUACACAGCAGAUGAAACUAACACAUACAGUAGAUAUGUGUUUGCAGCACGUUUACAUAUUCAUGCCAUAUAGUACAACACAGUGUCGUAUUUAUUGAAGACAGAAUCACUCUUAUGAUUACAAUACUGUUCUUUUACUGUACAUUUUGGUUUGUUAAUAUGCAAAUGUCAAAGUCGAUCAUUUGUAAUUUUUUUAUAAUCAAAAUGUUGAUGUUCUUUUUGUGUCAAUAUAUCAAACGUGUGUUUUCUUGCUUUUAUAUAUCAAACAGAAACAAAUGUUUCAGCAGCAUUUAUUAGUUUUUAGAAAGAGGGAUGAGUUAUCUUCUUGCAUUUGCAGUGGAGCGCAAGCAUGAAGUCAAAAAAAAGGUUUCACCGCAAGCCCUCAGCACUCACAAGUACAACAAUUUGUCAUAAACCUAUUUGUAACUUUUUUGGACUUUUUCAGCUAUGUGCCUUAAAUAUCCAGGAUAUAACAGGAUGAAUCACUCGACACAAUUAUCGGGAAGCAAGACUUUUUUUUUCCUGUCAAAUUCUUAAUGUCAGGUUAUUCUCUUCUUUUUCCACUUGGUGCAGUGACUCAUCAGCAUCAGUUCAUUUUUGGCAACUUAAAAAAAUCCCGUUGAAGUUGAAGAGAGAUGUCCUCUUAUUGGACGAGGGAUGGAAAUACAUCACAAAAACCCAUUCUUUGUGAAAUUUCGUUCACAAAGCAACACUGAAAAAUGAUACACUCACAGCUGAAUUAAGCUCGACUUUAUGAAAGGUCAAACACACUGUAAAUCCCCAAAAUAUUUUUCCCGUUAUCUCUGCAGCACAUGCUGCAAAUCGUCACAUGCAUUAUGCAUGUUGCUAAAUUAUUCAUUAGGAAUAUAACUCAAAUAAAGAUGAAAUUUGACCUAUUCAAUAAGCGGAUCCAACAAAACUGGAUACAGCAGUGCUAAAGGUUUCUUUGGUUAGAUGCUCAUUUUUAGGUGCAAGAUUCACCCUUGAACCCUCUAAAGGUACAAAGACCAUUUGAAAACUAAAGGAGAUCCUUGUGGAAAACAUAUCACUCUGUAUUUCAGAGAAAUACAUACCUAUACUUAUAGAACUGGAACUAUUUAAAAUAUAUUAAAGACAAACAUUUGCACACGUACUACAUGAGAAACGAACAGUGGAUAAUAAAGAGAGUCUUAGACUUGAAAAACAACACAAGAGGUGAUGUGGUAGAAAGUUUAGUUGUGAAAUAUAGUCAACUUUUUAGUCAAUCUCUUUCCCAUUACUGUACCAGGUCCCAAGGCUCCAAUUAUCUGAACCAAAGCGAUACUUGCACUUCCCUUCAAGUUCUGAGGGGAAAAUGUUGCACCUUUGAUGAGGCAGAAAUUCCAACUAACGAAGACGGGAGAUGAUCGACUAAUCUGUCAUUUGGUGGGAGCCUCUUUAAAUCACUCUAAAACAGCCCAGCUACCCCUCUGCUUCACUCUAUUAUUUUUGAGCUGUUCAAAAAAAACAGCCAAAAGCUUUCUUCCUUAUUUACCAUAUUUGUUUGUUUCAAAAUCAAAAAAUAAGUAACUAAAAAAAAAUCACCAGCUUCAAAUGUGAGUUUAAAAUUCAUAAGAGAUCGGGAUGGGUAGUAGGUUACACAUUUUUGUAAGUCACAAUCUGAGCAUUUAGUAAACUUUUCUAUUAUUAUUAUUA